CACAAACCCGCAGACCCACCGCCCAUGUCCUUCGCCCUUUAUCACUUUCUUGGCGUAAUAUUUACCCCCAGACGACCUUUCUCUUCAACAGAACGAUCUUGUAUUAUAUUAUUACAACGGAGGGGAAGAUCGCCACAUACCUCGGCAUCGAAUCCCCAAAUCUCCUCCUCCUAGCGAAUAGGUGAUAGAAUGAGAUCGGAGAAGUAGAGUAGACUGUUCGGAGAUAUCUUCUUGAUCCUUUCUUCGGCUGCUGUGUUUCAUCAAACAGAGAAGGGGAAGACGAAAGGAGAUUAGGGUUUGUAUUUUGGGAGGAGGAGGAAAGGAUGGGCGGAAGGGGUUGGGAGAGGAUGCCGACGGUGCGGCUGGGUGGCGCUGGGGCGGCGUCAGCGGGGGUGGCGUCGAGGAGGAGAGAGGCGGCGGAGCUCCGGCAAGUGUCGUCGCAGACCGUGCGGCUCGGCCGGGUGCAGCCCCAGGCUCCCAGCCACCGCACCAUCUACUGCAACGACCGCGAGGCCAAUAACAUCGCCAGAUUCAAGGGUAAUUCCAUAUCAACAACAAAAUACAAUGUUUUAACCUUCCUACCCAAGGGGUUAUUCGAACAGUUCAGGCGGGUUGCUAAUUUGUACUUUCUCAUGAUCUCAAUCCUAUCUACUACACCGAUCAGUCCAGUGUCUCCUGUAACAAAUGUUGUUCCUCUCAGUUUAGUUCUUUUGGUUUCUCUUGUUAAGGAAGCAUUUGAAGAUUGGAAGCGUUUCCAGAAUGAUACAGCCAUCAACAGUACUCCUGUUGAUGUGUUGCAAGGUCAAAGGUGGGAAAGUAUUUCUUGGAGAAAGCUACAAGUUGGAGACAUUGUGAGGGUCAAGCAAGAUGGGUUUUUUCCGGCUGAUUUACUGUUUCUCGCUAGUACAAAUGCUGACGGAAUCUGCUACAUUGAGACUGCAAAUCUAGAUGGGGAAACGAAUUUGAAGAUUAGAAAAGCAUUAGAGAGGACAUGGGAUUACUCACUUCCUGAGAAAGCUGCUGAAUUUAAAGGGGAAAUACAGUGUGAACAGCCAAACAAUUCUCUGUACACAUUUACUGGAAAUCUUGUCAUUGAAAGUCAAACUUUACCUCUUUCACCAAAUCAAAUUCUACUUAGAGGUUGCAGCCUUCGGAACACGGAAUACGUUGUUGGGGCAGUUAUUUUUACUGGCCAUGAAACAAAAGUUAUGAUGAAUUCUAUGAGUGUUCCUUCUAAAAGAAGCACAUUGGAAAGGAAAUUGGAUAAACUUAUACUUACCCUUUUUGGUGGAUUGUUCUUGAUGUGUCUGAUUGGAGCCAUUGGAAGCGGAAUUUUUAUCAAUCGCAAAUACUACUACCUUGGGCUUUUUGGAGACGUGGAGGAUCAAUUUAAUCCUAACAAUAGAUUCGUGGUUGCUAUUCUGACAAUGUUCACAUUAAUAACAUUAUACUCAACUAUCAUCCCUAUUUCUCUCUAUGUCUCAAUUGAGAUGAUUAAGUUCAUUCAAUGUACUCAGUUUAUCAAUAAAGAUUUGCAUAUGUAUCAUGCUGAAAGUAACACCCCUGCAUUAGCACGGACAUCCAAUCUGAAUGAGGAACUUGGGCAGGUGGAAUACAUAUUUUCCGACAAAACAGGAACAUUAACUAGAAACCUGAUGGAGUUCUUCAAGUGUUCAAUUGGUGGAGAGGCAUAUGGAACUGGUAUUACCGAGAUUGAAAAAGGACAAGCACAACGCACUGGAAAAAAAAUGAAUGAGGUUAAUAGGUCAGAGUCGUCAGACACAGCAGUUCAUGAGAAAGGUUUUAACUUUGAUGAUGCCAGGAUUAUGUGUGGUGCUUGGAGGAAUGAGCGUGAUCCUGAGAUCUGCAAGGAAUUUUUCAGAUGUCUUGCUUUAUGUCAUACCGUUCUUCCAGAAGGUGAUGAAUCACCAGAAAAGAUCACAUAUCAAGCUGCAUCACCAGAUGAGGCUGCUCUUGUAACUGCUGCAAAGAAUUUUGGUUUCUUCUUUUGUAGGCGUACACCAACUACCGUCAUGGUACGUGAAUCACAUGUUGAAAGGAUGGGAAAUAUACAGGAUGUGUCCUAUGAGAUCCUAAAUGUUCUUGAAUUUAACAGCACGAGGAAGCGCCAAUCGGUUGUGUGUCGCUAUCCUAAUGGAAGACUUGUCCUCUAUUGUAAGGGUGCUGAUACUGUUAUAUAUGAAAGAUUGGCCGAUGCAAAUCAAGAUAUUAAAAGAUUAACCAGGGAGCACUUGGAGCAGUUUGGUUCUGCAGGUCUACGUACACUUUGCCUUGCCUAUCGGGAAUUAACAAAUGACUUGUAUGAAAAAUGGAAUGAGAAAUUUAUUCAAGCCAAAUCGUCUCUGAGAGAUCGUGAGAAGAAACUUGAUGAGGUGGCAGAGCUGAUUGAAAUGGGUCUCAUACUAAUAGGAUGCACUGCUAUUGAAGAUAAACUUCAAGAUGGAGUUCCGGCUUGUAUAGAAACUUUGUCUCAAGCUGGAAUAAAAAUCUGGGUGUUGACAGGAGAUAAGAUGGAGACUGCAAUAAACAUAGCAUAUGCUUGCAAUCUGAUCAAUAAUGACAUGAAGCAAUUCAUUAUCACUUCGGAAACUGAUGCAAUUAGGGAGGCCGAGGACAAGGGUGACCCUGUGGAGAUUGCACAUAUUAUUAAAGACUCAGUGAAUCAUGAUCUGAAACGAUGCCUUGAAGAGGCUCAGCAGUACCUUCAUAUUUCUGGGCAGAAGUUGGCACUUAUAAUUGAUGGCAAAUGUUUAAUGUAUGCGCUGGAUCCAAAUUUACGUGUUAAUCUGCUCAACUUAAGCUUGAAUUGUAGUUCAGUAGUGUGCUGUCGUGUUUCUCCUCUUCAAAAGGCACAGGUUACUAGCCUGGUAAAGAAAGGUGCCCGAAAAAUUACCCUAAGUAUAGGUGAUGGUGCGAAUGAUGUGAGUAUGAUCCAGGCUGCUCAUGUUGGUGUUGGCAUAAGUGGUCUGGAAGGAAUGCAAGCUGUAAUGGCCAGUGACUUUGCCAUCGCUCAGUUUCGUUUCCUUACUGAUCUUCUUCUUGUACAUGGAAGAUGGUCGUAUACCAGGUUAUGUAAGGUUAUCACAUACUUUUUUUACAAGAAUCUUACCUUUACAUUGACCCAGUUUUGGUUCACCUUUCAAACUGGGUUCUCUGGUCAGAGAUUUUAUGAUGACUGGUUUCAGUCAUUAUACAAUGUCAUUUUUACAGCACUUCCUGUGAUCAUCGUUGGACUGUUUGACAAGGAUGUGAGUGCUUCCUUGUCAAAGAAGUAUCCAGAGCUCUACAAGGAAGGAAUUAGAAACAUGUUCUUCAAAUGGAGAGUCGUGGCAGUAUGGGCAUUUUUUGCCUUGUACCAUUCUUUGAUCUUCUAUUACUUCACGACUGCUGCAAGUCAGAAUGGUCAUAAUUCUUCAGGGAAGAUAUUUGGUCUUUGGGAUGUUAGUACUAUGGCCUUCACUUGCGUUGUGGUGACUGUCAACUUGCGUCUUCUCAUGGCAUGCAAUUCAAUUACCAGGUGGCACCAUCUGAGUAUUUCAGGGAGCAUUUUAGCCUGGUUUGUAUUCAUCUUCAUAUACUCUGGAGUAAUGACCCCCUAUGAUAGACAAGAAAAUAUCUUCUUUGUCAUAUAUGUGCUGAUGAGUACAUUUUUCUUCUACCUCACGCUUUUGCUUGUCCCCAUUGUUGCACUUCUUGGUGAUUUCUUAUAUCUGGGGGUCCAGAGAUGGUUUUUCCCCUACAAUUAUCAAAUUGUUCAAGAGAUUCACAGAAACGAGUUAGAAGGUACUAGCAGGACGGAGUUACUGGAAAUUGGAAAUCAUCUAACACCAGAUGAAGCAAGAAGCUACGCUAUAUCACGGCUUCCGAGAGAAAAGUCCAAGCACACUGGUUUUGCUUUUGACUCGCCCGGUUACGAGUCAUUUUUCGCGUCACAGCAGGGUGUUUUUGCACCACAAAAGCCAUGGGAUGUAGCCCGUCGAGCCAGUACAAGGUCCAAAAGAACAUCUCAAAGAUAAUUCUUUUUGUUUCAUCCAAUGUAGAUUUGUUUGUCAUCACUAGUUAAGAAUGUAAAUUAGCUGUGGGUUGUAGCUUUUUCAUAUUUCUUUUCACGGUUUUAUUUCUCAUUAUCUAUUUUCUCAUACAUCAUUUUGUCUAGAAAACAAACAUAUAUCCAAUCGAUUGCUUGUUCGAGGCUGAA